AUGACAACGGGCUCAAAGUUGCGGUUAAGUUUUCCUUCGUUGGCACGAGGUGAUUCUGCAACACGCCUCGUGGAGGAUGACUCAUUGCAAGCAAGUCGGAUUGAGUUUCAUUCACCGUUUGAUUUGAAUUUUAACGGCGCAGAGAGUAAUGAGAGAGGGUUUUUGGAUAAAGUUGGUUGUCACAUACUGGCGCAAUUAUUAUGGAAUAUCACCCAUGAGCGACCCCGUUCCACGUUUUUUGUGGUCACUGACUGUACACGGCGUCCAGGGCCGCGUGCGUGGCAACGCAAUCGUUGCACUGUGACUACUUGGGCAGAUGAUGUUUCGGGUCGACAAGGGAUUGAGCAUUGGGUGCUGAAUUUUGUGUGUCCGAACUCUCGACUGUCAGAGAAUCCCGCGAAACGUGCGCAGCAGGAGAUCAUGCUUCUAAGAGCAGUUGUUUUUCAAGUGUUGGGAUCAACGCAGCGGAGAGCGCGGUUUACGAACGAUGGUUCUGUUUUUUAUGUGGUGCGUAGCGAUAGUGAAAUGGACGGAGGAAGGCUUUACUUUGUUCUCCUGCUUCAACGCGAUGCCAGCACCACACAUCCAGGCGUUGGCGUACGUGAUAUUAGCGCAAAGAAGGCGGCAGAAUUGGAGUCCUGCUGGGCAUUUCGCUCCUUGGAGGAGGUGUGUGUGGCAUGGUGUAUGCCUCAUCUAUGCAACUUGGCCAUCCGUCUGGCGGCGUUGAUCUCGUCGUGA